UUUAAUCCCACCACUGUCUUUCCCGUAAUCUAUUCAACAUUUUCAUCAGAAAAUCCAUUUUAAAGUCUCCGCUUUUCUCUCCCCACUCACAACCCAACACAACACACCUCCACCACCACUUCCCUAUCGCCGGCUGCCGGCGACUUCUCCUUUUCCGGUCAUCCUACUAAGUCUGCGAUCUUCUGUUAGUCGGAGAAGGAUUAUUGUUUGUUAUAUAAGAUAUAUGACGUCGGGAACAAGGUUGCCGACUUGGAAGGAGAGAGAGAACAACAAGCGUAGAGAGAGACGGCGGCGUGCCAUCGCCGCUAAAAUAUUCGCCGGACUCAGAGUCUAUGGAAACUACAAGCUGCCUAAGCACUGUGACAACAACGAGGUUUUGAAAGCCCUUUGUAAUGAAGCUGGUUGGAUUGUCGAAGAAGAUGGCACCACUUAUCGUAAGGGUUGUAAACCGGCGGCGAGAGUGGAGGCUAACGGUGGAUCAGGAUCAACAUCCGCCAGUCCAUGUUCAUCAUCAUACCAACCAAGUCCAAGUCCAAAUCCUUCCUACAAUUUAAACCCUAAUUCAUCAUCUUUUCCUAGCUCAAUCUCAUCCCUGUAUACGAACAGUAAUCCCGACCCUAAUUCUCUUAUCCCAUGGCUAAAAAAUCUCUCAUCAGGUUCUUCACCUUCAUCAAAUUUCCCCCACCAUCUCUACUUCCCUGGUGGCUCCGGUUCCAUAAGUGCUCCAGUCACACCUCCAUUAAGCUCACCCACCUGCCGAACACCUAGAAUGACCGACAUCCCCGGGCAGGCCGGGCAGCAUUACCCUUUUUUACCUUGUUCCACCCCUCAAAGCCCCGGGCGGCAAACACCAACCGGGUCAGGGUGGCUCUCGGGGGUCCAGACCCCGCAAGACGGGCCAUUGUCACCCACUUUUAGUCUUGUGGCAUCGAACCCAUUUGGGUUGCUUUCGGGUACCGGGUCCCGGAUGUGGACCCCGGGGCAAAGCGGUAUGUGCUCGCCAGCUGUCACUGCUGGGUUUGACCAAAAUGCGGAUGUUCCGAUGUCGGAUGUGAUUUCGGCUGAGUUUGCUUUUGGGAGUAAUAUGAAAGGUUUAGUGAAACCGUGGGAAGGCGAGAGGAUUCAUGAAGAAUGUGUUUCUGAUGAUCUUGAACUCACCCUUGGUAACCCUAGCACUAGAUAAGAGGAGUGAAUGUAGAAGGAUGGUGGAGUGUGGAGUGUAUUAUUUUGGUUUCUGCUUUUGCUAAUCCUUCUAAUUCAAGAUAAAGGGAGAGAAAUGCAUAGUAAAUUAUAGUUGAUAGAUAGAGUUCAUGUAUGGUGGCGCUUUGUAUCUCUUUUUUUGAAGAAUUCUUCUAUUAUGCUUUCCUUAUUUAUUUAUUUAUUUAUUUGUUUGUAUUCCUAUAAAGUAUAUCAUUGAAACACUAAGUACCAAAUUUUAUUUUUCAUUUCUUGUAUAUCAUUAUUUCAUGAGGUUUCAAUUU